GGACGCACAGGAUCAAGGCGGGCAGCGGCGUCUGGAUGGCCUUCUCCUCCGGCUCCUCCAUCCGCCUCUUCCACACCGAGACGCUGGAGCACCUGCAGGAGAUCAACAUCGCCACGCGGACCACCUUCGUCCUCCCCGGCCAGAAGCACGUCCGCGUCACCAGCCUGCUCAUCUGCCAAGGCCUCCUCUGGGUGGGCACCGACCAGGGCAUCAUCGUGCUGCUGCCCGUGCCCCGGCUCGAGGGCAUCCCCAAAAUCACCGGUGAGCCCCCUUCUCCCCCGAUAACGAUAGAGGGCAAAAACCGCCCCCCCAGAAAGGAAAUAUCCGGCUCCGGACGGAGGCGAGAUCUGGCCGCCUCCCCGUGCUCCGGCUUUCCCGGGUUCCGGAGACCAGGAACAAUUCCCGACCGUUUUUACAUCAAGCGCUUCCUCCGCGCGCCUUUAAUUAGCACAUUAUAG